GAGCCGGAUAUGGCUGAAUAUUGCACUAUGGUCUCUCUUUCCGCUCCAAUCCUAUCAAUACAAUUCCGUUCCCAACGGAUGCAUUGUUUCGGACCCAUCUUACGUAUAAGAAUUAUUCAUUUAAAUGGUUCCGUCACUGAAAUUAAUAAUGAUUUAAAUCUUGUUUCUGUGAAUUAUUGUUUAUUUAACGACAUGCUUACUGGCGAAAUCAUGAAUCCUAUCUCAAUACGACCUUUAAAGCAACCAUUUAUAUUAGUGAGUUAUAUGGAAACGGAUUAUUCAUAUGGAAAAUGGUACCAAUGGGGAACUGUUCUUAAUUGGAAUGAAGUUCCAUUUCUCUUGGAGUAUCCUCUAUUUAUGGUUUAUGCCUCUGAGAAAAUUUUUUGCCCUAUUAAAAGUUUAAUUGAAAUAAACAUAAACAAGGAACUAUUCCUUCACGUAAAUUCCUAUGGAAAUUCCAUCGGUGUCUCGCAAUAUUCAGUUGAUGUUAAUGGAAAUUUAUCAUAUGAUGCAUUGUUCUAUCAGAGUCCGAUCCAACCACUAAUUAUACCCUUUUUACGUCACUGGCCACCGUUGAUGAAAGUUAUGAAAUAUUGUAUGCCAAAUAUUCAAGAAAUGAAAGCAAUUUUAUGA